CCGCCACCGAAAUGAUCUUUCCACUUCGGUGUUUGGACGCGGGUUCGCUUUAUUAUUCAUUAUUUAAAAUUUAAUAAAAUGGACUGCAAUAACGAAACGACGCGAAUAUUAAAUUCUGAGACAAUUGAACAGUUGCAGAAAUCUCGUGAUGAGGAACUUGCCAAGGUUCGAAAGUUGCGCCUAGUCUUGAAAGAAGUGAAACAGUUGAACUGUCAUAAAAUGCUAAUACCUGACAAGGAUCAAAUUGAGAAGACUUUGAAAGUCAUUAAAAUCGGCGAUUAUUUAUAUAUGAACGAGAAAAGAAAUGAUUGUAUUUUGGACUUAAAUGAGUUGUGCCAAGUCAAUCUUAACUACACUGAAAGAAAAGCGGUGAGACAGCAGCUUUCGGAAAAACUUCUUGCUAAUUUGGUUGUUAUUAGGGAUUUUGGCACAAAAAUGCGCAGUGAACUGCCAGAAUUAUUUUGUGACACGAAUUCUCCACACGAAGAAAUACUACGGCUGGAAAUGCAGAGAAGAUCCAACUUCGAGCAACUUGCCACAUUGCGCAAUAAAAAGUGCCACUUUCUGAAAGUUGCUGCUGAUUUAAAAAUGGGACCCUUUCUUCCAAAUGAGUUGGAUGUGGCCUAUGCGAAGGCUCGGCAAAAUCAAACUAAAGUCAAUGUCUUACGUGGUUACUUUAUUAAUGAGUUAUUAUCGCGAACUGAACAUAGUCUUAAGGCAAUACGAGAAGUAGAAAUGUACAUUAAUGAGGACCUUGAAAAAGAACUGUACGCAAGCACUUAAAUAAAAAUUAAGAUAUUAGAACAAA